AUGGGUAAUCAUUUAGCCCCUACAGAAAACCCCGAACAUGCACCAUCUUCGAUGGAGGGGCAAUUCACCUUGAGCGAGGAUACCAAAGAUGCUACACUGGGCCAACAAAAUGAUAAAUACCUCGCUACUAAAUGGGAAAUACGGGCAUAUUACGCGUGCGUUGCCUGCUUCCUUACAUUUAUAGAUUUUGCUCCUACAGCCUUCCAAAACCUUCUUAAUCAAGCGGCCGGAGACACUGGUGGCCUUGCCUUUGCGGGGAAAUUCCGCUCAGUGGAAAGCAUAGUCCUCCUAUGCAACGGCAUUUCCUUUGCCAUCCAAAUUUUGGUAUUCCUGGCGAUAGGAAGCUUUGCGGAUAUUGGGAACUGGCGUCCAAAUAUUUUGCUCGUUCUCUCCAUCAUCGCAUAUGCCCUAGGGUUCGCUUGGCUAGGCGUGCACACAGAGGACAAAUGGCAGACAGGUGCCGGGCUGUAUAUCGUCGGGCUUAUUGCUUAUCAGACCACACUCACGUUCUGGACUGCUGCAUUCCCAUCACUCGCGCGUAAUACCGCUGAGAUGAGAGAAAAGGCUGGUGAUUAUGCGCACGGGGCUCUCUCCCGCGAAGAAUAUGAUUACGCCGAUACAAUGAAAAGAAGCCAGCUCGCGAACACUGCCUUCUAUAUUCAGUCAGUUGCGGAGAUUUUAAUCCUUGCCGUCAUAGUUGGCAUUAUGUUUGGAAUUGAUGUUGAUGCCAGUGAAGCCAAAAACAACUGGGGCUUAAGUGUGCUUAUAGCCUUUGCAAGUGGUGUCUGGCUGCUUGUCUCAUUGCCAUGGUUCUUUCUAGAGAAACGGCGACCUGGCCAAGAUCCUGGCUCUAGGAACAUUAUAAUGGCAGGGCUUUCGCAGCUUUAUUUCGCAAUGAGUCAAGUGUGGAAAUUGAAGCAGAGCUUACUAUAUCUUGUUGGAUACUUCCUGCUCGGCGAUUCAUUGAAUACCACGGUCACUGUGAUCUCUACAUUGCAGAAUAGCUUGGUGGCAUAUAAUACACUACAGCUGACAUAUCUUUUGAUAGUGGGGAUCGCAGCGCAGGCCGUUGGCAUUUAUCUAUUCUGGGCCAUUCAACAGCGAUAUAAACUUGGUACAAAGACUAUGUUCAACGCGAUUGCACUCGGUAUCGUUCUUCUUGAUGGCUGGGGCAUGAUAGGAAUCUGGACCGACAAGUUUGGCUUUCAUCAUGUGUGGGAAGUAUGGGUCUAUCAAGCUUUCUAUGGCCUUUUCAUAUGCCCGUGGUAUAGUUAUUCGCAAAUUAUGAUAUCGGAGGUGACUCCCCGGGGAUACGAAUUCCUUUUCUUCAGUCUUUUCAGUAUUGUUGGAAAGACAUCCUCGUUCAUUGGGCCUCUUGUGUCCAGUGCCAUCAUUGAUACUACGCCUUCCGGGAAUGCAUCCACACCCUUCUAUUUUCUAUUCGGAUUAAGCCUGUUAAGUUUUUGGAUUUUGUUUGUCGGGAUUGAUCUGAAGCAGAGUCGCUUAGAGCAAGAGCAGUUUUUGAAGGAGAAAGAGCCAAAGUGA